AUGGCUGCAUGGUUGGGACUGGAACAUGACGAGGGGGGCUGGGCCAUCACGGACAACGACGCGAUGCGGAGGGCGCAGGCGCUCCGAUCGCUGUAUCCGCAUAACAAUACUGGCCGUCACCGGAAGCAGGGUUGGGCUCAACUGCACCUGUCCGGCGCGGCCACAUCUCAUCCGGUUAUAGUUAUCGAGAGCAGCCUCUCGCGCACAUCCCCGCCCGGGCCAUCCCAGCAGGAGCCACUCCGGCGAUACCCCAUCCCCCGCACUCGGGGAAGCUCCCACGAGGAUCUUCGGUCACUGCUGUACCGAGACGUCCUACUCCCGAUCGUGGACACCGUGUGCGUCUUCGCAGCCGACUGCGGCGGCAUCCGUCAUGUCCAACACUUGCUCGCAUCGUGGGGCCCGCUGCCGCCGACCGGUCUGGACGGCGCAACGGCUCCCGUGCGUCCCCGUUGGGUGAUUGUCCUGACAGACCCCGACGAUGAUGCAGUCCCGGCAGGCGGGAUAGAAACCACGCUGCAGGCCACGGCUGUGCCCCAUCUCGCAGGAUCCGUCGCGGUUGUCGACCUGCGGCCCCGGCAGCCGUUGUCGCGGUUCAGCCGGUUCGAGCCCCUCCGGCGACGGCUGUCGCUGGAGCUGGACGAGGUGCGCACGCUGCGUGCCAACGCACAUCUCCUCUUCUCCGCCCUCCAUCUGGAGUGGAUCUUCCGGGGACUGCUGCGACACGUCGCGCAAGGCCCUGCGUCGCCAUUCAAUUGCAUCCAAGCGUGCCGUCCCCAGCACUUGGAUGCUGAUGAGGUCGCCCAAUACCUCGGAAUCUUCCUGCAGCUCACCGAGAAGACCCAGAUAGCGGACCCAUUCACGGCAACCUUCAUUGCGUCGGCGUUCCUUAUGGAUGCAUAUCCGCCCGGAAUGCACAGAUUCGAUCCCGUCGUGACGUUCCGCACCUUCUACGCCGAGCCCUGCAAGGCCGCAUGCGCCGCAUCUCCCUCCGCCAGCGUUCGCCGUCUCCACCGUGCCGUCGAACGCGAGUUCGUGUCGCUCUUUUCCACCCUCGCCGUGACCGGCCGGUCCGCACAGAUCCGACGGGAGGUGUUCCGCAACGGCCAGUCAACCUGGUCGACGCUCCAUUCGAAUCGGGUGUGCCUGUUCUGUCUGCAGCGGCCCCCCGAGCAUGUGCUGCCCUGCAGGCAUGCCCUCUGCGACGUCUGCGCGUGCAUUUUGGGCCAACGUGCCGCUGGCGCGGAAUAUCACGUCGAGCUAACCGAGUGUCCCGCGUGUCAGGUGUCGUUCUCCCUCACCGUCCGUUUGCUCCCUCCAACCAAACGGCCUACCAUCCUGGUCCUGGACGGAGGCGGCACCCGCGGCGUCGUCACGCUGGGGUUCUUGAAGGCCCUCGAGGAUCAGAUCGGCCGCACGCGAGGACUGCGUGAGGCAUUUGACCUCACGCUGGGAACCAGUGUCGGCGCCAUCAUCGCAUCCGACGUAAUGGUCUGCGGUGCCAACGUGGCCGACGCCCAUCCGAAGUUCAAUACCCUGGCACGUCAGGUCUUUUCCCAACGGCCCCUCUGGCAGACGAUCUUGGGACAAUCGUGGGGCUGGGUGACGGCCUGGAUGGCCGACAGCCGGUACGACUCGGCCGUGUUGAACCGAACUCUGCAGGAUGGCUUUGGCCGCGACCGCCGACUGUUCGAUACCACGAAACCCUUGGUAUCCGGCAUCCGAGUGGCUCUAACAGCCAGCCAGGUCGAAGACGGGUCGCUCUGUCUGUUCUCCAACUAUCGAGCGGCGGGCCGUCUUCGGAUGUCGUCCGCCUAUAGAGCACUAGUGCCUGAGCAGGAGCCAUUUUUGUGGGAAAUUGCUCGGUGCUGUGUGGCUGCCUUAGGGUAUUUCACCCCCAAACGACUCCUGGGCCUUGGGACCUUCCAAGACGGUGGAGUUCGGGCGAAUUGUCCGCUUCGAACCGCUCUCCGCGAGAGUGAGAUCAUCUGGCCGACAGCCAAACGACCCGACCUUGUGGUCAGCAUCGGCACCGGCUAUACGUCGGCCGACGACGGACCUGUCCACCUGCGGCGAGAGAGUUUCGUUGAACGCGGCCUGCGGGCCUUUCUGUCGUCGCCGGCGGUCGAUGGGCGACGCGGCUGGCAGGACGCGCACGACAGCAUCCCCGAGAGUGUCAAGCAGGAGACCUUCCGCCUGGACCGGGUUGUCUCCGGCGCGCUACCUGAACUGGACGACGUGCGCGCCCUUCACGAACUAGGUGAGUAUGAAUACCACAUCCCCGACGAGCUGACCCAGGCUUGGCUGGCCAAGUCGUUCUUCUUCGAACUGGACGAGGAGCCACUGUUCACCCGCGGGCACUACGAGUGCCGCGGGUCGAUCCUCUGUUGUAAGUAUGGCGCCGCCGGUCUUGUUGAGCAGACCCUGUCCCACUUCCCCGGAGCGCGCUUCGCGCUCGACGACGGCAGUGACCUGGGUGCCGUUGAUCACGACCAGGGCUGUCUCACCUGUGGCUAUUACCGCAAGCGAGUCACCUUCCGCGUGUCGAGCAUCCACCAGACCCUGCAGCUAGGCAUUCGCGGGGUCGCCAGGUACAGGGCCAUCGGUGGCUUCCCCACUUCCAUCCAAGAUCUCCUCCAUGAACAGCAAGCCGACUGCCCGUUUGGGCGAGCUGACCAUCGCAGUGAUUUUUGGCCGCCGGUGCGCCGGUGCUACUGUCCCGCGCGGAAGCGAUCUCACACAUCGAUGCAGACUGAGCGCGCGACUAAGAGGCGACGGCUCUAGCAGGCGGUUCAAACCCUUCCGAAUUGCAAACUAAUCUAGGAGUAAAGGCAUCGCCUCGUAGA